CUGAUAACAUGUUUACUUUGUUUUUAAGGUGAUGCACUCGUGACUUGCCACAGACACUACAGGUCCCGUCCUACACAUGGUAUUGGGAGGUUUAAAUACCUGCUCCCAAAGGAGGCUCCAAAGAAGAAAAAGGAUAAAGUACAGAUGAAAGAGAUAAACGUUGGAACCGAAUAUGAGUAUGGCGAUAUCAACAUCCAGAUGACUUCUUACGAUAUGUGUCUCGUGGAGCGCUUUGCUCAGUACGUGCAUAAACUCUGCAACCGACUCUCCGUUAGAGUGAAUGAGAGCUACGCGAUGCCCACCAAAACCAACGAAAUCCUCUUCUUGGAAGAGAGAGGUUCCAAAAUGCAGCUGGAUGCGGUUCUCACUACUCAUCAGAGGGUUGUCCAG